CUGUCCUAAAUUUAUGCUAUUUCAUGCUGCCAGAGGUGUUUCAUGCUCUCUCGUCUGCGGGUGGAAUAUACGAGCGUGUGUACAUAUAUACAAAUUUCACUUGAUAAAUUUAGUUUGAUACUGUCGGAACCGGCUGAAACCGUUCGAAUACGUUUUCAAAAGAUUUGUCAGCAUCUUGAAGAUGUGCGAUAUAAAGCAUUCCAUCGAACUGAGCAACGUCAGUGACAACGACAAAUUCUCAUAUCCAAUUAUUCCACUGAAAGGCUCGAUAUGUAAUCGCUGUUCGAGUGACCUGAAAGUACAAAUCGAUAAUUGUGAGUGGCCAGUAUCUAAGGAUUUAAGAUUCACCAACGACAAACGGGGCCGCUUUAAACUACUUCUUCGAUUAAAAAAAUGGGAUAAUCUUGUGACGCUUUCCUAUUGCAAUUACGAAUUGAAGUUGAGUCUAUUCUAUGCCGGUUCGGAAAACUCCUACUCAGUUAUUCCUCUGUAUAUAAUAUGUGAAGGACACGAUGGACGCUAUCAGUCAGAUACCGAUGAAAAUGAUAUCAAAAGUGCAUGCAAUAAAAUUACGUUGGGAAUUGAACUGGUUCAAAGUUUGUAUGCGGAAAAGUUAGCAGAGAAAGGUUUCGGCAGAAAAACUUUCACUAUCGGAUCGCUUUGCUUGCCGUUCCACAGCAAAUUAUCCUUGGAAGAAUCGAAGAAAAUGACUGACCAGGAGUUGUGGAAUUAUUUCGCAAGAGAAAUUCUACUAUCAGAGCUUUAUCAAGCCGAAAAACAGAAAUUUGUCGGGUUUAUCAGCAGUACCUAUUAUGAAGGCGUAUCGAACAAUGAUUUUUCGUAUGCGAAUAUUAAACGCCGAACGACAGGAAAUGCCACUCUUGGAGGUGGUGGACUGGCAUUGUUCGGAACGGGAUGUCUCUACACGUGGCCCGAAAAACUAGUAGACAUUGUACCUGCCUUUUUGAAUGGCAAACAGGUCAACCGAAAAUUGAUGAUGGACGACAGUAACUAUCGACAUACCUAUGGUGGGUGUUAUGCAACCACAAUCGGAUCGGUUUGUCACGAAAUGGGCCACAUAUUCGAUCUGGGCCAUACAAAAGAUGGAAUUAUGGGAUCGGAAUUAGAUCACAUAAAUCGCGUAUUUACUUUGAUUACAACCACUGAAGACCUUCCCGAACGAAUCGUUGGCCGGAACACAGAUGUUCGCAGAUCCAUGAAUAGCAAACUAACUCAAAUCAAACGUCCUGGUGAAUUUCUGCUGAAAUACCAGCAACAAAAAGAAAGUGAUAUCACAUAUUUUACAAACAAUUGCGCAAUUACACUACAACUUCACAAAUGGUUUAAUUGUGAUACAUGCACAAGCGAUAAUAAUUGUGAUACUAGGCUAAGCUUCAAUUUCGUAACGCGCAUCGUGACAAGCGUUAAUUCAUUUUUGAAACUUGUAGAAUUGCGCGAAAGAGAAGACGGAAUGCUGAAAGUAUACUGGUCAUUCCUGGAUGGUAAUAUAGAUUGUUUCCAAAUUACGAGAGAUAUCCUUCUGGAUGGAUUAACUUUAUUUGUUAUCGAUAAUUUCGGCAACAUUUUGAAACAAGAUUUGUAAAGACGAUCCAGUGAUUGAAACAAAAAUUUAGCUGCUUUAGGUUUUACAAUGCAAAAUUUGAUGGUAUUAUUAGGAGAUCCGACCAAAGUUAUAGUAAAUUAUAUAUAUAAGAUAUUUUAUUAGUGUAAAAUGAAAAGUAUAUGCAUGAGUAUAUUUCGAACCCUGUAGGAGAUUUCUUCCAAAUUUGAUGUGUUCCAGUUAUGUAUAUAGAAGCUGCUAUAUUGAUGAUCAACAACAUUCCAAACUAGCCAUAAUUAGUUUUAAUCCGAUUGUACGAUUAAAAACAUUAUUGUGUGAAUUGUAGUAAUAAAUGUU